UUCAUCUCUAGCAGAACAAUUCCACAUUUUGGUGCAGUCCCUGAGUUAAGCCUAAUCCAGGAAGAAUGGCCACUAUUCUUACUUCUCCACCUCAAUCUUUUACCUCCAGGAAGCUCAAUCCAUCCAUCUCAAACACUCUUGUCAGUGGCUUCAUUGGUGCUUCAGUACCAUGGAGUUCCCCAAAUAAGAGCACAACAUUGAGAACUUCAGGGAAAGUCACUGCAUCAGCAGCCACUAUUGCCACGACACCAGUGGCUCAGGAAGUUAAAGAAUAUGCACUUCCUACAUGGGCAAUGUUUGAGAUGGGAAGAGCACCGGUUUAUUGGAAAACCAUGAAUGGUCUUCCUCCAUCUUCUGGAGAGAUGCUGAAGCUUUUCUACAAUCCGGCAGCUAAGAAACUCACUCCAAGUGAAGAAUUUGGGAUUGCUUUCAAUGGUGGGUUUAACCAACCUAUCAUGUGUGGUGGAGAGCCAAGGGCAAUGCUUGAGAAAGUUAGAGGAAAAGCUGAUGCCCCAUUAUAUUCCAUCCAAAUAUGUGUUCCUAAGCAUGCUGUGAACUUGAUAUUCUCAUUCACAAAUGGAGUUGACUGGGAUGGCCCUUACAGACUGCAAUUCCAAGUUCCAAAGGCUUGGCGAAACAAACAAAUCGAGUUCUUCAACGAGGGUCUAGCACAAGAGUUAAGUCAAGAAGGUGCAUGUGAAAGAGCAAUAUUCCCGGACACUGAGGUUGUUUCCACGAGAUGCGCAAUGAUUGGUAACUUGUCGAUCGAAGGAGGUGAUCGAUGCAAUCUUGAUCUAGUUGAAGGGUGCAUGGAUCCUAGUUCACAUCUUUACAAUCCUCUAGCCAAUGUAGAUGAUGGAACUUGCCCCAUUGAUUUAGAUGCCGAGGAUUAAUAUUAAGAUUAGUUGUUGAGUUCCAAGUGGGUUGUGAGUAUAACCCUUGUUCCACAGUGUAUAUAUAUAUAUACCACUCUUGAUGGAGCUUUAAGAGAAUUGAAGUAUGCAGAGAAAGAACUCAGUAGUCAUAGCUCACAACUUUUUCACUUCCCCGUUUCAUUUCACAACUACAAAACAAGUAGUAUACUGUAUACAGCAUGCAUCUAGGUAAUGCAUUUAGAACAGAGAUUAUUCUUUAGAUAUGUAUCAGCUAAAAGAUACUGCUUUUCCCUUUUCUAUGUUGUAGCUCCGUUACAUUAUUACCAUUGGAAUCUUUCAAUACUCCAGCAAACCUAACCAAGUCAGAUUUCCCCAGGUCAUCAUUCUCAGGUAAAAAGUCUCUACUUGUUUCUGGGCCUGAUGAAAACCUCCUGAGCAAAUCGGUGGACCCCAGAUCGCUCGUUGCACGAAGACUCUCCACAUCCUUAGCAUCAUACAACCCAGGAAUGCUCAUUCUUUGACUAUCAGUAGAGUACCGAUAUGAAAUCAAUGGUGUCAGACCUCUAUUGGACUUUCUGUUCAGUUUCAGACCUCAACUUCUUUUUCAGCAACUUGAUCUUGGCCCUCGCAGCAUCCAGCUCAGAAGCAAUUUUUGUAUGUUCCGAAGCUUGAGCCACAAGCUUCUGGUUUUCGGCUUGUAAAGACUCCAUCUUGAGGGUGAGAAGCUUGGUCUCCAUGUUGUUUAUCUUGACUCGGUUCUGCAGCUCAGUGACAGCAGUUUCAUGCUCUUUGAGGCCAUACAACUCUACCAAUUGGGCCUCGAGCUUCCUCUCCCUCUCCUCCAACGUUUUCACCUUGUUCUUUAAAUGCCUAAUCUCUUUCUCAUCCUCCUCAACACUUCUAAGUUGCUUAGGAACACCGAAAUCGUUUAUUAGAUCAUUGAAUUCUGGCAAUAGGUAGCCAUCUUUAUCUCCACUCAGCUUGCAGCUUGGUGAAAAGUUGCCCGUGGAAGUUUCACCGGCAGCCUUCACCCUGCAAACAACAUUCUGUCCAUCCAAUCCCAUGCAACCAGAACCAGGACUUCUUUUCACAGAAGGAAUGUCAUCAUCGCAAAAGGCCUUGCUUGCUCCAACAUCAGCUUUACUACUACUCUCAUGAUCU